AUGGUUAUACAAACACUAUGGCUUCUAGGCAACUUGCCGACGAUCAGCCUGGCUGGCUUGGCCCUUCUUUCCGGGCUGUUCUUCUUGUUAAACUCCGCCAAAACUCCUCAGCUCCCCCUUGUGAACGGCAAGCGGCAGUUCGAGUUUAGCAUUGCCAAGGCUCGACAGCGCUAUUUGGCAGACGCGCAUAACUUGAUCAUGAGUGGACUUGCAAAGGCUCGCGCUUUUCGUGUAGUUACUGAAAAUGGUGUCAGGACUAUCCUGUCAGCUGAUUAUGCCGAAGACAUUCGGAGCCAUCGCUCGCUAAGUCUGAGCGGUGCUUUGGUAACUGAACAUCAUGUCCAUAUUGCAGGGUUCGACGCUGUCCGGGUUACUGUCACGUCAGAUAUCAUCCAGGAUACCGUUCGCACCAAACUCACCCAGCACCUUCUCAACAUAACGGGCCCCAUGUCUGACGAGGCUGACUACGUGCUGAAGACUCAAUGGACGGAUGAUACGGAUUGGCAUGACGUUCACUUGAGGACAAAGGCCGUUGGCUUAAUCGCGUCACUGUCGUCGCGUGUAUUCCUCGGCGAGAAGAUUUGCCGUAACCCCGAAUGGCUACGUAUCACAAUCAAUUACACAAUCGACUCUCUAAUGGCAGCAGCUCAACUCCGACUUUGGCCCGAGAUGCUCCGGCCUCUAGCUGCUAAGUUUCUGCCCAAAUGCCACAAGAUUCGACAGGAGUUGCAAGAGGCUAAAGAUAUUAUCACGCCUGUCAUUGAGGAGCGGCACAAAGCUCGAAAGACAGCCGUCGCAGAGGGCAGACCAGAGGAGACAUACCAUGAUGCUAUCCAGUGGCUUGAGGAAAACUCCUCGCAAGGCCACAAUAAAUUUGACCCCGCUGCCAUGCAGCUAGCCCUGUCUACCGCUGCUAUCCAUACCACCACCGACCUACUUACCCAGACUAUUCUCGAUCUUUGUGGCCGCGAAGAACUUAUUAAGGAGCUCAGGAAAGAGAUUAUUGAAGUUCUCGGAGAUGGUGGCUGGGACAAGAGCACCAUGUACAAGCUGAAGUUGAUGGACAGUGUCAUCAAGGAAUCUCAGCGGGUCAAGCCUAUGGCUAUUGCAAAAAUGGCACGUAAAGUCGAAGCCGAUGUCAAAUUAUCUGAUGGGACCAUUGUCCCCAAGGGUGAAAUCAUCCUCGUCUCCUGCAGUAAAAUGUGGGAUCCGAGCAUCUAUCCUGACCCUGAGACGUUUGAUCCCUAUCGUUUCCUUAAGCUUCGUGAAGGGUCCAUGGACAAAGAAGCUCUGGCCCAGUUCGUGUCACCCUCGCCUCAACACAUGGGUUUUGGUUUUGGAAAACACGCUUGCCCCGGACGAUUCUUUGCUGCCGCUGAGAUGAAGGUCAUUCUGUGUCACGUAAUCAUGAAAUACGACUUCAAAGUGGCUGAGGGAUGCACCCCAAGUAUUUUUAAGUCUGGCAUGAGACUUUCUGCGGAUCCAUUUGCGAGGAUUGCCAUCAGAAGAAGAAAAGAGGAGAUCACUAUCUAA